GCCAAGUAACAUAAGGAUAUUAAUAGCACUCUACAAUGCUCAACCACAAGCAUAUUAGCCCAGGCCAAAUAUCAUUGUUCUUAAUCAUGCACAAGUCUCAGAAAACUCAAUUUGCAAGCUUUGACCCUCGCAUUCUCUCUUUUUUCUUCAUUUUCUAGUUGCCCAAACGAGGUUUAAGCAAAGAAUUUUUUUUUAGUUUUUGAUUUUGUUCUACUGGGUCCUUUAGAUCUUGAACUGUGAGGAAGAAAGUUUAGAAUUUUUGAGAUGGUUGUUUAUGAAUGUUUGUUCCUGGAAGUGUCAGUGUUAUUGUUUGUUGUUUUCGGAAUAAAUUGUUGGUGCUUGAAUGGAUCGCGGCUCUUAGAAGCUGGAACAUUGGAUACCUCGAAUGGAUACUGUGGGCAAAAGUUUAUGUCAGUAGAAUUUUUUGACAAAAGCCAGCCUAUUAGAUAUGCUUAUGGUGAGCCAAAGGUGAUGCCUGGAGUGCCUCCUGAAGGCAAUAUUACAAAGGAAGCACGUGCUGCUGAUUAUGAUAUCGUGGAAGUUGCAAAUGAAAGGAUCACGCACCCAAUUUCUGAUCUAGCAGCACAGGCUGGAAGGAAAAGACGAGUUGACAACUCAUCUGUGGAUAAUUCUGUUGAUUCUCAACCAGGGAAAAGUCAGAGCAAUAGGAAAAGGAGGCAAGAAGAAAUUGCCGGUGCAAAUUUAUCUGAAGAUGCUAUUAACAAUAGUAUAACUUGGACCCGGGAUGCUGUUUGUAAGGAUCAGGAUGCAGCUGAAGAUGCAGAUGUACUUAUAAUAGACAAAAUCAUUGAAGUUUCUGAAGUGACUUGUGAAAUAACUGAUGGCGCUUUUGCUAAUCAAGAAAAACCAACGCCCCUUCAAAAUUCAGAAAAGACAUCCAACCCCAAUACUGGUACAGGCAGGCAGGUUUCGGAAGUGUUAAAGGAGCAUUGUGGGGGAAAUGGUGGAAAUGGCUCCAAGUAAAGUCGGGUAACUCACAAUGCUUUAAAUCUUCUCUAUCACUCGAUGUUGCAUGGGAAUUAAUAGCUUGUUUAACGAUUUGUUUUAAUUUUUAUUAAUGUUAUUGU